AGCUGCCAACAUUGAUGAGGCCAUGCUCCACACCCUCAGUCGUGAUGACCUCAGAGACCUUUUUCCUGGCCCAGAACACUUUCUUCGGAGAAAAAGAGUGUGGUCUCUCAUUAGCCCAGAGGAUGAUAAUCCCACCUUGCCUGACAAAGCUGGCCCUGAAACAACUGUGUCUGCACAUAGAGGAACGCCUCCAGUCAGCUCAAAGGAAUCCACUCCACUGAAGAAAAAAAGCCCAAAGAAGACACUACAGCUUCCUAGUCCUCCAGAAUAUGUUGUAUACAGAUAUAUACAGACACCGAGUUAGAGCAAACUCGUAAGCAUUACUUUGAAAUGGUCCGCACUGGUAGAGAGCAGCAAUGUGUAAUGUCGAAAGAGUUGAGAUGCAGGCUGGUAAGAAACACGGUCACCAGCAUGGUUUCCAUCUUGCGCGCAAGUCAGCAGGGAGAGAUGGUCCGAUACCCUCCAAAACAUGAGGUUACUGCAAUGGCUAUAAAAAUAGUGGAGUACUAUCCAAUGCUGCAGAAUAAGGACAAAACUAUGAAACAUAAGAGUAUUUACAAUAAUCUCCACAAGAGGCUGCAAAAUGUGAGGUCCCCACUAAAGAGACAGGGACCCACACCAGAGAGGGGCCAUCCAAAAAAAAGAAUUCAAGUUGACUUCUCAUCAAGUGACAGAGAAGAUUAUGAUGCAGACACAAGUGGCGGAUCGACCGUAAUUUUGCAAGAAACACCUGGUAGCAGUUCUGAUGAUGGCCACACUGCAUCAUCAGACAUGGAUAGCCUGACAACACAGGCCAGACAUUAUAAAACACUGCAGGAGAUGUAUAAAAAAACAAAACCCAACCAAGAUGCUGUCUCCCACAUCCUUGACCUUGAGUUUCAAGCGAGACGAGCCUUCAUUGACAGUAAUGCCCUGAAAGAAGAGGAGAGGACCACAAAGAUCCUUGAUGCAUAUCCAUGUUUCAAGGAACUUCAUAAUGUAAGCAAUACAGUUGUUUUUGCUUGGUUACAAAGGAGGCAUCACUGCAGGUUUUAACACAUAUUUGUGCAGGUGAUGGGUGAGCUGUGUCGGAUCUUGGGUAAGGGCAGCAGCAAAUUCAUGGACAAAUUGAAGAAAAGAUGGGAAGACUUCUGUGCCAAGGUGCAGUUUUAUGCUGUUUGGAAGAAGGUGAUGAAGCCACCCAUGACCCUGGAUGGAGUGGAAUAUGCCAUCGCGCUAAUCAAGGCACUCCCCACACUCUUUCCUUCACCAACUGC